AUGUCGGAGAAGGAUGCCUCCUCUGUCCUAUUCACUUCGACGAGGCGCCCCAGCCGGGCAUCGACGCCUGCCAGCCGCCGCGAGCGGACGAGCCACGAGACUGCCGAGUCGAGUGCCGCUGCUGGUGGUAGCAGCAGUAGCAUGACCGCCCCCACCACCGAGACGACGCUGGCCAUCGCUUCGCCCGACGAAGUCGCUGGCCACCCGAUACCGAGACAGCACGCGGUCGAGAACGCAAACGGGAGUGCCACGAAGGAGGCCAAGGGCUACCGGACGCAUAAGAUUCGCUCCAGUGGCGGGUUUCUGCUGCAGGAAACACUACGAGAUGCUGCCUCCCACGACGGGAGCCAGUCACAUCAACGACGCCAGUCCCGCCUGACGCCGCAAUCACGUCGAACGAGGGGAUCUCCCAGACCGUCAGAAAAGUCGGGUUCCAGUGCCGGCUACGAUGCCAACCUGCCGUACAAUGCCGACAGUCCAUCCACAGGGGCUGUUUUCCCGCCUCAGCACGAUGCAUCACAAAGCCUCACGGUCAGGAAGAGGCCCGUCCCAAAUGGAAAGGCUGUCGAACCAGUGUCGCCGCCGCGGGCCCAAAGCCAGGGGUUCGAGAUGGACUCGGCACAGAUUGUGAACAUGGCCCUCAACCUGAGUGAAUCCAGAAGAUUAGCUUCGAGGCGAAAUGCAUCAAACGCUGUGCCGCCUACCCUCGCGCCUCUACCCGACAGUGCGGCAGGAGGCAGCCUGCGACAGCACCUCAACCAGCAAAGACGAACCUCUCGCAACAUCUCUCCGCGGCCAGGUCGGGCCGCAUCGCCCCGCCUCCCAUCAGGCUCGAGGAUGAACACGCCUCUGCAAGCCUCUUUCGACCUUGGCCGUGAGGGCUCAUACAGAUACCAAUUCUCUCCCUCGACGUUGGCUCGAGCACAGAAGGCCAAGGAGCACCUGGAGCUCAUGGCACAGUACCGACGCAUGUUGGAGCUCGUCCCACCUCUGAAUGCAAACGCCCGGCGACCGACAACCGCCAGCCCACCAUCAUCCCCGGCCGAACUAUCGAGGACCUCUACACUGGCAAGCGCGGAUGGGAGCGCAAGGUUUGGACGGCCUUAUAACCCACUGCAGUACAUCCGCAACCGCAAAGUUCGAGCCCGUGAGCGCAAGGCCAUCGACGGCGAAGCUCAAGGCUUCAGCGACGUCAAGAAGGUCACGGACUGGGUGGAUAACGUGGCAAGGUGGGCGGCAACUGGACAGUCCAUCUUGCCUGAUGGUCCUUCGUUGCCGCCAUUUGCCGAUGCGGACAUGCACGCACAAGCAACAUCGCCUUCGGCCAACGUUGUCAAGCCCAAAAGACCCAAAGUGGACUGGCUCAUUGAGCCGGCCGAUAUGAUCGCCGAUGCAUACUGGCUCGAGCAGGACAACCACCUACAGUUGAUCGAAGACCGCCAAUGGCGACGAAUUUUUCCUCCUUCAUCAAACCUGUUCAGACCCUUGACAGGCCAAACAGAUAUGUCUAGGCCAGAGUCACUCAUGACAACUCACACACGGGGCUCGCUCGAGAUUCCUCUGAACCAGAGGACCGGAAACCCAAGACCAAUCAAGACGGAUAGCGAGCACUCCCACAGUAGUGCCCGAGAGCGAGCCCGCCAAAAGCUUCACGAGCUCAAGGGCUUGCACCAUCGACACGGCUCGCAUAGCCAUACCGACAUACGGAGAUUAACCAAGGCACCCCACUCGGAUCUCUCAGACAGCGAAGAGGAAGCCAAAGAGAGGAGGAUGCCACAACGCACAUUUACCAGCAACAGCAGGGACAUUCUUGAGAAGCAGAUGCUCGAGAUGAUAGCCAGAGAGGCCAGAGAGAACGGAUCGGACACGCAAUCGGUCGAUGCUGCCAUUGCCGCGCUGCUGACGCCCGAACGCGGCCCUCCCUCCUCAUCACAGCCUGGCACUCGCGAGCAGAGCCGGAAGCAGUCUCUUGCUGAAGCAAGCGAGUCUGACGACACGCCUUGCAAGACGCAGGCGCAAGCUGCCACCCUUCGUCAGCGAGUUGGGAGGUCUAGCUUGGAGAUCCCAAUGCCUGCGCGCAGGACGUCUUUUGACCUGGACGCCUCGCUACCCAACUCGCCCGACAACCACCCUCAUGGCUACAGUCCAUUUAUCCCGACAAUUGGGUCCGACCUCUCAGCGCUGCCUAGUCGUGCUGGAUCUCCCACGCGCAACCCUUUCCACAAGGUGAAGAGUAUCUUCCGCGAGAGGAGCAAGGAACGUGGAAGCGAUCCUUCCGAGACGCGAGAUGGCGACCUCGGCCCUCCGAUUGACCUCAAGGGCAUUAUGACCGAGUCUCCUCAACCGAUGUCGGAAACUCCCGAGAGGCGAGGAUCGAGAAGUCCUCCGAGAAACCUAUUGCCACGACAGCCGACCGAUACGUACAGGGCAGGCCCCAAGCGUAGAAGCGACGAGUCUGGCGCCAAGGGACUGUUCAAGGGGGCGCGCCUGGAUACGUUGAUCCGCGAAGGCGCAUCCAAAUUAGGUGACUUUAUCUGGCGGAAGGAUUCUGAGCAGGAUGAUGGCAACCAGUCUGACGGCGAGGCCACGGCGACUGACGAGUCGGAUGCUGAGCCGGCUAGGGGCAGGCGCAGGGCGAAUCUGUCUCUAUCGCGGACAACAUCGUUAUCCAUGCGAGACCGUCGAGAAGCGCAGCUCCAGAAAGGCAAGAACUAUUUGGACGUAAUGCCUACAUUCCAGCAUGCUUCACACGAUAGGUUGGCCCCUAGCCAGUUGGAGCCCCCCAACCUUCAGUCAUCCAGGCCUCCUAGUCGGUCGUCCCGGUUUGACUUGCUGAAACCGCCUCGCAUCGACGUUCACCAUGCAUCACCGUCAACAUCACCGCCAGCGACAGGGCAGCGUGGCGAGUUGGAAGACUCCGAAUCUCAAACACAGCGAGGAAAUACGUCCCACGAGGAUGUACAUAAAGCAGGCCGCCGUCUCAGCUCCGUGAUCUCGAUGCCGCACUCCUUCAACAGGGACCGCCUUGGCUCACUGGCUACUACUUUUGACGGUCGCCAUUGGUCGAUCUCCGACCGCAGCCCCUCCCCGCAGCGCGCCCCUCUGAGCCGUCACGAGGUAGCCCGUCUGCGCGCCCUAGUGCUAAGCUCUGGUAUCAAAGCCAUGGAGAUCUCUCGCCGCGCCUACGAGCCCCGGCCCGCCUUCGCUGCUCCCCCGGCCGCUCACUCGGAGGACGUCGACCCGAAGCAGAAGUCCCCCUUCUGGCCCGCCAUCGCCCAGUUCAGCCCGAACCCUGCGCAGCUCCGCGCCCGCUCCGUCGCUCAGGUCGAGCUCUAUCAGCUCGCCGCCCGCACCCUCAGCAGCUCGAUGCAGUGCGCCGGCCUCGAAUGGCAGCACGCUGCCGACGCCUUCACAAGCGAGACGACGCCAACGCUGCAAGCGAACAUUGAGGACAUUCGCAGACACAUUGCCGUCGACCUAUCGGCUAUGACGCGUGCCGCGGCGGACGAGGCGGACGAGACAAGCCGCGACCUUGCCUUUGGUCAGCGGCUCAAGAUCAAGGCCGUCGUCGACGUCAUCGACAAGAUGCUGCGCCGGCGCCGUCGGCGUUUCCGCUGGGUGAGACGGGCGCUGUGGCUUGGUGUCGAGUGGGGUCUCGUGGGUAUCAUGUGGUACGUCUGGUUCGUCGUCAUGAUCCUCCGCGUCUUUGUCGGGUUCGGCAAGGGCGUCGUCGGCGGCGUGAGGUGGCUGCUGUGGCUGUAA